CCGUCUCGCUAAAAACAACGUGCUCAUGAUGCUACAGAACUGGUAAAACAUGCAAACAAACUAUUAACAUGUGGUAUCUUGUGUUGACACUUGUGAACGGUCAUUUUAUUGUGGUUCAUUCCGUGUUUUUUGUGUCAUGGUAUUUCUCAUGUAAGCUAUUACUGCGAGGUGUGUGAGUGUGAGAAAGACGGGCUGCUAGCAGGCUGAGCUAAAACUUAGCGCCCUUGGAAGCAGAAGGAGUUUUCACGGUGUCAGAAGGUGUUAAAAUGCCAGUGGUGAAAGGAGGAGAGAAUAAAAGUCGAACACCAGUCGAAGCUCUCUGCAUCUUGUGUGGUGCUGAUUCUGUCUGAUAGUCAAACCAGGCCAAACAUCCAAGAACACAGGCAAUAGCUCAAACUAUGCCAGAGCUUGGGGACUUGAUCGAAAUAUUCCGUAUGGGAGUUGCAGGUGUGCCAAUACCACUGCUAGAUUAUCAGCACUGGGCUGUGUACGUUGGAGAUGGAUACGUUGUUCACCUGGUGAACCUCGGCUCAGACAGCUUCUCCAGCUCGCCCAGCUCGCCCAGCUCGCCCAGCUCGUCCAAGCCACAAACAAAACCUACGGGUUGCAAAGGCAAAGUAAAGAGACAAAAACUGGAGGUUGUGGCAGACCACUGUAGGUGGAAAGUAAAUAACAAACUGGACAACAAACGCAGUCCUCGGCCAGCCCACAAAAUUGUGGAGGAGGCCCUUUCCUUGGUGGGUCAGGACAUAUUUUACGAUGUCACCGUACAGAAUUGUGAGCACUUUGUCAACAAGCUACGAUAUGGCGUAAGCACAUCUUGGCAGGUGUUAAAGUAUGCAGCAGUAGGAGCAGCAGCAGUAGCAGGAGGAGCACUUGGAUCAAUCGCAGGACCAGGAGGGGUGGCAGGAGGAGCCGGCGCUUUAGCACUUUACGUCAAGAACAAACUGGAGUAGUUAACUCCCUCAGUUUCCUCUUCCUCCUCCCGAAGUUAUUUCUCUGGCAGUAGUCUACUCAAUGGAAUACAUGAAAUAAUUUGAAAAAAACAUGUUGUAAUCUCCAAGUGUGUGUAUUUGCUUCAAUAUGUUUUAUGCUAAUUCAUGGUAAGUAGUUACCCAGUGAAAAUACAAAAUAUGUUUUUGAAACAUUUUUAGUUGUUUAGUUUAGUUUUCAUUCAUAGGCAAAAUACCGUC